AUGGCUGCGCCCUGCACCCUUCGCACCUUUCGCACCUCACCUCACCUCUCUCUGUACAUGUCCCUUCCCCGGCGAAUACCGUCCCACCACCUGGCGGAGCAAUCCCUCCUCAACCCCAACGACUCCUUGCGCUCAGUCUCUUCUUCUUCUGCUUCUAUCCUAAGCACACCCAGUAAUAACAUUCGAAAGGUCCAACACCACCCCCAACACCAUCCACAAAACCAUCCUAUUCUGGGUCGUUCCAACCACCAGGGAGGAGUUCUUGAACCCAAAUCACGUAAACGAACCACUCCCCGGCCACGCACGAAAACCGCGCCGCUCAAAAGUAAACUUUUGGAUCUUCAACUGCUGCGAAAGUAUGCAAAACCCACAAAACAAACAUCGUUUUCCACUAGUUUUGGACCUGGAUACGACUAUUCUGUGUUUGUUGAUGCCACUACAGGCGAAUUGGGACCGCGGGCGGUCAAAGAGUCGCAAGUUAAGGCGUGGGAGUCGGCGGAACGAAUCGCCGCAAAUGUGAUAUUUGACUCUGAUUCCGAGGACGAAGUCGAAAGUGCCACUCCGACUCGAAAUCCGGAGCCAACAACGGUGUUGGAGGCAAUUCCGGGCUAUACAAAGGACGAGGUAAAGACAAUGUGCCGUGAGUUUGAUACUCAUGGAUUUAAUUCGCAGCCAAUAAUGACACCCACUCUGGGCAUUGGACCCAUUGAAACUUACCAGUAUCGGCAGGACCAGCAAUUGACUCAGUUUGCAUCGUUUGCAGGCAAACGAAAGCAGCAGGUGAGCAACAAAAAGGAACUUAUUAGUCGGCUUUUCGGUUAUAAUAACAAUUUGAACCAAGAGUACAUGACAAACAAUACCGCCUAUUCGGCUUUGGAUAACGUGCUGAACAUCCAAAAAGCUUUCCACGAGGACAAGGACGAGGUCAAACAGUUGAUAGAAUGUGAACAAGAGUACCAAAUGGUGAUGCAAGAAGCUCGCAUAAAAUUUGAGCGAAGUGGUUUUGCAGAAGAUGAAAAUAUGGACCGAAUAAAAGUUAGGGGAAUUGUUGGCCAGAAGUUGGAUAUGAUUUACAAUCGGUACCUUCAUGAACGCCUGGAUGGACCAGAUGGACGAAUUGGGCAAGAUGAAGACAAUUUGUAUGAUGAUCUCAACCGCUAUAUUCUUGACCAUUUGCGGCACGAACUCGAAGAGGACUAG